AUGGUGUCCAGCAAACGAAACCGCCACCAGACCGUUCCGACGGCGAACCUAGCCGUGGCCAGCCUCCUAGCCCUCGGUGGUGUGCUGAUCGUGUGCUGCCUGCUGGAAUCCACCACGGCCCAACCGAUCGAUAUGCUCGACCAGAUCGGAUCGGAAGGGCGCCGAAUGUUCUACAAAAUGCUCGAAUAUCUGGGCGACUACGACGAGCUGGAGGACGACGGGCGGCAGGAGCGCGAGGAGAAGGUCGGAGCAGUGCCUCUGCAGACGAGCAAUCGGCUGGAGGCGGCCGGACGGGACGAGCAGUGCAAGUUGCCCCCGAGGCGUGGAGUGUGCCGGGCCCUACUACCCCGCUACAGAUAUGAUCCCGACCAGAAAGAAUGCAUCGAAUUCAAGUUCGGCGGAUGCGACGGAAACGCGAACAACUUCAUGUCGUACAAGCAGUGCAUGGAAGCCUGCCAGGGAGUCUGAGCGGAAGCAUGC